AUGGACCCGGAGGAUGUACUUGAUUUUGGUGAAGAAGACGUUCCUCAUAUCCUUACAAAUUUCUCAAAACUCUAUAGUACACGCUCCGGCCGUUCAAAUAGGUCUCCACUUCACGCCCAACGGUCACAUAGUAAAGCUCCACAACAUCAAUCGGAGAGACGACAUGAAACUUCAAAGCCUUCUACUCUGUCGGCUUCUACAUCAAAACCCAUCACUGGAGCGAGUGCUUCAACCCAAAAUCCUCCGCCAGGUGAAAGAGCAUCUUACAUGCCUCCUGAUCGCCCUCAAGCAAUGGCCUCGGCUGCCCGCUAUGCAGAUGCGGCUCAGGCCCACGCCUCCUCAAAAAUCGAGUCUCGCCGCUCCCUUACAAGCUCUUCCAAUCGGUCGCUCUCUCAACGCCAACCCGAUCCAACAUCGUCUCGCAAUCCCCCAAGUAACUCUUUUGAAGCCUCGACCUCUAAUCAAGAUGCUGUGAAUCGUGAAAAAGGUGUGGCUGAAGCCGAUCAAUCGACUCCCGCCUUGCCUAAUGGCUGGAUGUCCCGUCUCUCCAAGCAAGGUAAAGUCUAUUACGUCAAUGCAAUCACUCGUACAAGCCAGUGGACUCUACCAACCGAGGCUGCUUCUGGUGUUCCUCCGCCCACAAGGCCAGCCACUACAGAAUUGCCAACGAUGCCCGCGGCGGACCGUCAGCAAAACCUUAACGGUGAUAAACGCACUACAUCGAAUACUGUCGAGCGCCGUAAUCCCAAACACAGUAACUUGAUCGCCGUUGAUUUUGCACAAAACGCACAACACAAAUCAAAUCAAUCGCCUAAUGUGGAUGCUGCUAUGAUGGCGCAAUCGAGAACAUCCCCCAAGGUUGACAAGUCUGACUUGCGUACUGCCGAAGUUUCAGCACCUUCAAAGAGUUCCGCUCGACGGGCUGAGUAUGUAAGGCCUACUGCGCCAGACGAUGUGCGAUAUCUUCAAGAGAAUGAACGACGAACUUCGACUGCUGAUGCUGAUAUCAAAGUGAUGAGAACGGAUACGUCGCGACGCAUGAAUGAUGACUACGCCGAUAAGGAACGCGAGAUCAUCAAACCCGACCGUCGGCCCGAAGGCGAUAGUAUGUCGUACCGCCCGCGCGAUCGUGCCUUUGACGAUGUCAAAAACUCUGCGUCUGGCUCCUUCCAUCGCGAGCCUCCGCCGCACCAAGAAGAUCGUAUCGUGGACGGAUCUCGGCGGAUCUCGGCGUCGCGCUAUCCACCUGAAGAUCCUUACCGGUCUCGCGAACCAGUCCGACCCAGAUCAAGCCGAACGAGAUCUUUGACACCGCCUCCUCGGAGAGCAGCGUCCCCAACUUAUGAGGAUUCUCGUGAUCGCAAGUACAGAGAGGCUCCGUAUGUAUCUACAAAAGAUGCUGUACCUGUCGGUCCCCGAGCGUAUGUUGAGAACCGUAUGGCUUCGCGUUCAGCUCAUCCUGAGCCAACGUGGCAAUAUGGUAGCGCGAGGUAUGAGCCUCCUCGCUCGGCGCCUAUAAGAGCCGAGGAUACUGCUUCGCCGAGGUAUCACGAAUCUCGAGGCCCUCCCCAUCCUCCUCGUGAACCAGGUAUCAGACCAAAUUCAUACAUUUUCGCAUCCGUCAGCCAUCAUCUCAUCACCGCGUUACUGAUGUGUUUCAUGCGGAUCCCGUCCCAUAACGCUGUGGAAGUAGUCAGGCCAAGCCGUAAUUAUCAUUCGCCGCCACCGCCAUCUCGCUACCAUGAUAUCCACCCAGAUCCGCGUGACUAUCAAAGAGACUCUUAUCAUCGUCGUCGCUCGUCUCGAAGUGUAUCUCCCCGCGGCGCGGCUACUAGAGACGCGACAUAUGUAAGUCAUCGGCAUGCUGAUGAGCGGGUGGAACCGCCACCAGGCGAUGCCUACUCAGCCCGCUAUCCCCACGAUCGUAAUCCCCGCGACCGUAACGUGUAUCCGGCACGAUAUCCAGAUGAUCGAUUGGAGCGAGGUGACCGUUUAGAGCGGGCGGAGCGCAUCGAGCGUGCGGAGCGCCUCGAGCGUGCGGAGCGCCUCGAGCGUGCAGAGCGUUUGGAGCGUUUGGAGCGUAUGGAACGCGCGGAGCGUAUUGCCCGUUUGGAAACUGAAGAAAUACCUCAUCGCGGGGAAAGGAAUCUGAAAGAGGGACAGUCGCCGCCCAAGGGACCUGCCAACGGCCCCGAUCGUGGGGUUCCCUCCAGGGUUGAAGCCAAUGACCCAGAGGUGAAUCAGCGGUCCACCAAGAGGGCGAUCUCCAGUGGACUAGCACAGCCAGUUUCUGCGAUAGGUCCUUCUGCGGGCUCAGAGGUACCGAGGAACAGAAAGAGGGGGGCCAGUGCUUCACCUACGCCUGACGAAGCGUCCUUGCCCAUCGUGAACUCAGAUAUUCAUCACUCGGAGCCUCCAACGCCCACGGUAAACAAGUCGUCAACAUCGCUAGCAUCUCGACUCGGACCAGUAGUUGUCGACGCGGCUCUUCCAGCUCAACCAUCAGCUUCGAAAAGAAAGAAGACAAAUGCCAGUGAGGCGAUUGCAGCCGAAAAUUCCGUGACGGUAAAACCUGUUGAUCGCAGAGCAUCUGAAAAUCGAGAAGCUAGUCGCCCACAAACCAAACAAGCAUCCGGGUCCCCUCCAGGACCGAAAUCUCCUGAAAUCCUCGGUCGUAUCCAUCCUAUUGGUCCGGAAGGCAAAAACGGAGCCACCAAUCUCGUUUCUAAAUCUCUGAACAAGCCUAGCGUGCCCGACGAAGAAAGGUCAAUCAGUCUUCGAGGGCGAGCCUCAAGAGUAUCAGAACCUUCAAGGACAGUUGAUGAACAGAUGCGCCCGUUCAUGGCUAUCUUUGAUGAACCUCAGACCACAGCGGCACAAGGCUCAUUGCGCGACCGAAUACAAGAUAUGAACUCUUUGAAUCCAAGGUCACCGGUCAUACCGACAGGCCCUGUUGCCAAGAACAAUAAUCAUAAUAGUUUGGCUGCUCGCGUGAAACCAGCUCCUGUUGCGGGACGAGGUGUUUCAGUAAGCUCCUCCAAGAUUGCAAAAUAG